AUGUCGUUGAAUGGGACAGCACGAAGACGAACCUUAGAAAUACGUAGAAUAGUAGAGCAGAAUCCAACUUGGCGUAAAUGUGACGAUUCGUACGUUGACAAGCCCUAUGCAGUGAGUAGUGUGCGAAACCUAAAGGAAGCCCUUAUAAACGAACUAAAAGACCAAAGUCCUAGCAUCAUUUCUGAAAAAAAAAAUGGUGUCGAGAUCAUAGACAUGAAUCUUCUGAAUACACAGUUGUUUGCCGUACAAAAUAACAAUCACGACUUCCAA